AUGCCAUCCAAACGCGCCGCCCCCUCUUCCUUCUCCAACUCCCAACCCCAACCCCCGCCCAACAAACGAUCCCCUCUAUCAUAUACUGGCCGUGCAGGCCCGCCCAAGCAGAAUGUACAAAAGUUGAGGGAAGAGCUGGGAUUGUCGGCUUGGACGGCUUGUAAUGCUGAUCAAGAGGCAAAACUCCAAUACGUCUCUGAAAGCAUGCAAGACAUCCUCGGCUACACCCCGGACGAAUUGGUCGGCAAGUCUUUGUAUCUCAUCUUUCAUCCGGAUGAAAUUCCGAUUUUGAGGCAUAUCCAUUAUCAAGCCUUGACAGAAGAACGUACAGCCUGCGUAGCAUACUUCCGGGUCUUGCAUAGGGAAGGGUAUUAUGUGGAAUGUUGUUGUUCCUAUUAUACAGUCUACGACAUGUCGUUAGCGCUUUAUACGAGAGCGGUAUGGUUGGCUGACGCUUUGGGUCCAGAACAAGCUUUGACAGCUAGAGAGAUUAUCGAGAUAUCACCCGCUUCGCAAGGCCAAUGCGCCAUCAAACGAUGGACACCAAACUCCACCUCCCCCCUGACAUCUAACCCCGCCUCCAUCCGCCUCUCAUCCUACACCUCUCCCGACCGCAACAAGCCCAAGGACGGCAAAGAAGACAAAUGGCCCGUACCGCCAAAACCGUCGCCGAGGACGUUUUAUAUAUUGGACAGAUUUACAGAGACGAGCAAGGUUGUGUAUGUGAGCAAUGAUGUUAUUAUCAAUGGGUCUUCUUUGUUGGGGCAGAGUUUCUACUCAAUCAUCAAACCUUCGGAUCGACCGCAUGUGCAGCAGUAUAUCGACGCGGCGAAACAAUCCACACCGGUAAUGUUUGAUCAAGAACGCUCAGGCGGGCAUGGGUAUACGACGUUUCAUGUGCUCAAGAUCCCAGACCUCCCCCCGUCAGACGAACGUUGGCCCCAGGGAACAGACGAAUCAGAACGCUCGAUGCCUGGACAAGGCUUCAUCCGUGUCGAAGGGAUCUUUACGGCGAGCAGUGAUAGUCUAACGUGUAUCAUUGCGAGGGUGGAGGAUGCGCCUCCGGGUGGGUCUGGGUCUAGUGCUGGACCGGGCAGUUCUGGUUCAGGAGGAAGCAGAGGAGGCGGCUCAGGAGAGGCAGGGAGAGGAGUCGGGGGAAGCAGUGGAGUGAUGCCUAUCAGGAAGUUGACUGAUUAG